CUCGCAGAGGUGGCGGCUCGGGACACGGCGCGGGAUGGACGUUCCGGACUGCGAGGCGGCCUCGGCGCCCGAACCCCACGCCGGCCGCUGCGUGGCGGGCUGGUGGGACAUGGUCUUGCGGAACCUGCGAUUUAUUCCACACUCCUGCUCAACACUUGGAAGAAGGAUUGCUGCUCUGUACAACAGUUUUACCAGUAAAUCGCUAAAAGAGCACAUUUUCCCUCCUCUGAUGGACAUGCUGAUCUACCUUAAUUUUUUCAAAGCCCCAUUUCUUGUGGACUUAAAGAAACCAGAGUCAAGGAUUCCUCACACUGUGAACUUCUACAUCAAACCUGAGCCUAGGGUGAUACUGGGAAUCUGGCACACAGUCCCCAGCUGCCGGGCAGAAGACGCAGAGGGGAAGGACCGUUGCUGGUAUGAAGCGGCCCUGCAUGAUGGGAACCCAAUUAUUGUUUAUCUUCAUGGCAGUGCAGAAAACAGGGCAGCUUCUCACAGAAUUAAGCUGGUAAAGGUGCUGAGUGAUGGUGGCUUUCAUGUCUUAUCUGUUGACUACAGAGGGUUCGGAGACUCUACAGGGAAGCCCACAGAGGAAGGACUGACUGUGGAUGCUGUGUGUGUCUAUGAGUGGACCAAGGCAAGAAGUGGCAAGACCCCUGUGUGUCUGUGGGGCCACUCUCUGGGUACAGGAGUCGCAACAAAUGCUGCCAAAGUGUUAGAAGAGAAAGGAUGCCCGGUUGAUGCCCUCGUCUUGGAAGCUCCAUUCACCAACAUGUGGGUGGCGAGUAUCAACUACCCCUUGUUAAAGAUUUACCAGAAGCUUCCAGGAUGUUUGCGCAUACUUAUGGAUGCCAUGAGAAAAGAUAAAAUAGUCUUCCCUAAUGACGAAAAUGUGAAGUUUCUGUCUUCCCCCCUUCUCAUCCUACAUGGAGAGGAUGACAAGACAGUGCCUUUGAAGUAUGGAAAACAGCUGUAUGAAAUUGCACACAAUGCCUACAGGAACAAAGAGAGGGUCAAGAUGGUUAUCUUUCCUCCUGGUUUCCAACACAACCUUCUUUGUAAAAGUCCUAUACUGAUCUAUACCGUGAGAGAUUUCCUGAGCAAGCAGUGGGCUUGAGAUGUGAGUGAGCAGAAACCUUCAGUGAACACUUGGUCCAGACACCACCUUUGGUGUGUAGUUUUUUUAUGCAAAGUUGUACCAGGUGGCUUGGUACAAGCUGGAACCAUUGACAAGCCUCUUAUCAUUUAUCUAAGGAAAGUCUGGAUUCUGGACAGUGUGGAAUGUAGUCAUUUAGCUCGUCAUUUUCUGUGAGACAUGCUGAAACCUCACUAUGGAGAAUCGGAAUUUGGUAAAUUUGGAUCCUGUCUAAAAAUGUGUAGUCACCAAAGAUCCUGGGGAUAUUUAUGAAGAAUCCUCUGGUCACUGUGGUGUGAAUGUCUACUAUCCCCAAAGUCAUCUACUGAGACCUACUCACUAAUGUGAUGGUCGAGGAGGCGGGACCUCUUGGGUGGUAGUUGGGCCAUGAGAGCUGGGCUCUCCUGGGGUUAGUGCCCUCAUAAAAGGGGCCCAAGAGCUUUUUGCCUCUUCCACCUUAUGAGGACCCAAUGAGAAUGCCCUGCCCCCACAUCUGUGAACCAGGAAGUGAUCCUCACCAGACACUAAAUUUCUCAUCCCCAGAUCUGUGAGAAAUAAAUUUCUGUUGCUUGUAAAUUAUCCAGUUUAUGGCAUUUUGUUAUAGCAGCUUGAGUGGACAGCAGUCCUUAGUGUGGACUCAGGCAAUGUUACUUAAAGAAUUUAUAUUUUAACGGAGUU